AUGAGUGAAACUGAAAAUAACUCAGAGUAUUACAAGCAGGCGUUAGAAGAGUACAAAGAGGUUCAAGAGGACGAAGACCCAGAUGUGUGGGACACGAGAAUCUCGAAGACUGGAUGCUACGUAGAAAACCUUGCAUUACAGCUGUGCCAUGCUGAGACAGGGGACUGGAGGCAGUGCUUUAAUGAGAUGACAUUAUUUAGGAAGUGCUGGGAACAAAAUGGCAAUAGGGAGCGCGUAAGCACAGUAGACGUGGACGGGCCCACCGGUAAUGGCUCGGAGGAAGAGAAAUGA